AAGUUUCGACGACAACGAAAAAAUGACGACCAACGGAUUAACUCCCACGACGUUCGAAACGGCGAACAAGAACGACGUGUCGGCGGCGAAUGAUGCUUUGACGAAUGGGAAGAAUGUUGUUGGACCGAAGAUUACUUUAUACACCAACCACCGCUGCCCCUACGCCCACCGCGCCCACAUCGUCCUCUCGGAACUCCAAAUUCCCCUACGAAGAAAUUCUCAUAGAUCUCGAUACUCCUCGACCAGAUUGGUACCUCCAAGAAAUCAACCCACGAGGUCUCGUCCCAAGUCUCAAAAUCUCCGUCGAAGGCAUCUACUCCGAUGAAAUUAUAACAGAAUCUGCCGUCGUAGCGCAAUUUCUCGCGGAUUCUUUUCCGGAGAAAGGGAAAGGCGCGAGUAUUUUGCCUGCUUUGGGGGCGAGAGGUGAUGGGCCCAGGGCGCCGUUGGAGAGGGCUAGGAUUAAGUUUUUUACUGAGACGGAGGAGAAGGAGAGGAAGGUGGAGGAGUGGGUGAAAGCUGUGGAGAAGGAGAUUGAGCCGUUGUUGGAGGGGGCGAAGCCUUUCUUUGGUGGGAAGGAAGAGGUUACGAUGGCGGAGGUGCAUGCGGGGCCUUUUGUUGUGAGAUGGUAUUCGUUGGCCAAGCAUGAGGAUCUCCUGCCAGCCAGUCUGAUCAAGAAGUUGAAUGCUUUGCCCAACUUCUCCAAGUGGGCCAAGGCGAUUCAUGAGAGGGACAGCAUCACGAAGAGCAUUGAUUGGGACUCUGGGCCAGAGCCUCUCCGAAAGAAGCUUGCAAGCAUCAAAGCUGCGAAGAAAUGAGACCAGAAGUAGGGACUUGCGACAGCGGUUAAUGUCGAUGCGUGGCUGAGCAUGCAGACAGUUUCUAUGCGUCAUUAUAUAUCAUAAGUCAUGAGGGAAUUUCUCAGAACCCCUGGUACUGCUGAGCUAUUAUAUCUCACUAUUUCUUUCUGUUACAUUCUGUGCACAGAGCUGUUCUUCGACCAGCGCCGGAACGUCUUGCCGAAGAAAUAGAAAGGUACUCCGAAUGCGCACCACAGUGUUAUCAAGCUCAUAUUGAGCAUGAUAGGUGGGAUGAAGCCAUCCUUCAUAACCCAGGGCGUGAUGAAUU